AUGGGCCCCAAGCUGUUAAAGCCCGUGCAAGGCAUGCUUCACGGCGACAAGACCGGCGACGGUAGCGAGAUAUCUAGCAAGCUCUCCGGUGGUUGCGAGCUCUUCGACAAGUCCUUUGCACACGAGGUCAGCAACAUCCACGACAAGUGGUUCCUUUUAAGCCUGAAGCUGACCGACCAGGAAGCCGAGGACGCCCUGGAUCCUGUGAGCCCGUUUCCAGUGACCCAGCAGGAGUCCGCUGCAGGUUCCGGGAGCUUCAUCCAGCUGCUCCCAGCAUGGAAUCGCGGGCUGCACGAAUCCUUCAGACAGCAGAAGAGGGCUAAAAGGAGAUCCAUGCGUGGUGUCUCGGCCCGGAUGAAUGAGAAAGUCAAGGACAACACUUGCCUGCAACCGCUCAUCAUCGCACCUUCGAGUCCGAAACGAGUCUCAUGGACCUUUCUGGGUUUCGUCUUCAUCGUGUGGGACCUGGUGACCAUACCGAUGACAAUGUUCGCCAUCCCUGGUUUCUCAGACUUCUUGGACCUGAUGGGGCGGGUCACCUUCGGGUACUUCCUUGCGGAUGUCUUUCUGCACUUCGUCUUCGCGGUGGACAUCAAAGGCCAGCUGGAAAUGCGGCCCGGGGUCAUUGCUCGCACCUACGUGCGUUCUUGGUUCUUCCUGGACGUGCUCCUCCUGCUAAUCGAUGUCAUGCUCUUCACCUUGGAGGCAAUUGCGGCUGGCGGAGAUGCGAUGAGUGGCCUGAAGACGAUGCGGCUCCUUCGCUCUCUGCGGCUUCUUCGCCUGAUGCGGCUGCUCCGGAUCGGCAAGCUGAAGGAGGCUCUACAGAUUCUGGCCAAUCGCUUCUCCUCCCUGUACUUCCUCAUGAUCCUGAAGAUCCUGUCCGGUUUUGGCAUGGUCCUUGCCGUGAACCACUUCAUUGCAUGCUUUUGGUAUGGAGUGGGCCUCAUACACGUGGACACGGUCAGCUGGCUCACCGAGUCGCAGAUGCAAGAGGCCAGCUUCGCAGAGGGCUACAUUACGGCAAUGCACUGGAGCUUGACCCAGUUCACUCCAGCGACCAACAACGUUGCGCCUGCGAAUUACCUCGAGAGGAUGGUAGCCGUUUUCGUGAUCUUGUUGGCCAUGGGGGUCUUCUCCUCCUUCGUCAGCUCCAUCACCAGUGCCGUAAAUUCCUUGCGGGCGGUUCGAAUGGAGCAGAUCAAGCAGGAGAACAAGAUCCGUCAAUUUUUCAACGAGCGCAACCUUUCUGCGGAACUCUUCAACAAAGUCCAGGACGUCUGCCGCAAGCGCGGGCUCUUCGAGAUCCGACUGAAGGAGGAGGAGGUGGCGCUCUUGAAGGAGAUCCCCGAGUCCCUGAAGCGCCGGCUCCACGAGGAGAUCUUCCUUCCCUUGCUGAGCAUCGCGCCCUUCCUUCCUCCCUGGAGCCAUUCCCAGGAGUACCGCUUCAUGCGUAAGGUGUGCCAUGUUGCGAUGCAAGAGCGUUCUGCUCUCUCCUCGCAAGACGUUUUCAUCCUGGGCUCGGACUGCAAGGAGAUGAUCAUGGUUCAGUAUGGGACAAUGGGCUACCAUGUCGUCGCCAAGGACUCUUCUCGCAUGCAAGAUUCCGUGGAGUUCGACGUGCGGGACCGAAUGGCGUGUACCGUGGGAGAGAUCCUCUGCAUGCCAUGCCUUUUCGCCAAGUGGCAAACCCGUGGCAGGCUGACAGCUGACGCCGGAACUUGUCACUAUGUCGUUAUUCGAAGCGACUUUUUUUGCACACUGAUUACGCAGCAUCGUGGACCCUUGUCACAGUAUUUGCAGAUCUUCGCCAUGCUGUUCGUCAGCGUGCUCGAGGGCCGAGAAGACGAGGGAGACGAGAUCACGGACCUGAACUUGCCGGACGACGUGCUCGACAACAUCAGCAAGCGGAGUCAGCGCUUUGCAGACAUCAUGAACCAAAGAAGUGGGAACAGUGCCAUGCGCGAAGCCAAACCUGGCAGCCUGUUUACGGACAUGGCUUUAGCGGAUGGUCCAGCCCGCGUGGAGCAUUAUGGCUUCCUCGGGCUUUCGCAUCAUCGUUCGAGCUCAUCGUCUGGACGCUCAUCAUCUGGACGCUCAUCAGGCCGUUCAGUCAAAAAGUAUGAGUCCGAGGACGAUGAUGAUUAG